AUGGGAGGCUCUCAGAGCACACGAAAACUAAGUGUAGAGAACGAGACUAUUCAAGUGUCUCAAGAAGCAAUAGAUCGGAUACAGGCACAGCUGUCUGCUAAACAAGCUGCGCAACCACAGCCCCCCUUGCAAUACGCACCACCACCAAAUUACGAAUCGCAAAAGAGUAACCAGGAUUACGCAGCUGAAGAAGCAUACUGGGCGCGACGGAUUGAAAAUCUAAAAAGAACACAUGAAAAAAUAAGUAGUGGUAUGCAACUAGAAUAUCAAAAAACUUUAAAUGAAGCAAAUGAGCUGUUCAACAUAGUGCAAGCAGAUAAAGUAGCUUACAAAUUACCACCAUGUCAAGAAGAAAAGGCUAAGAUGCUAGAAUGCUAUAGUACAAACAGCAACAAAUCACUUCUGUGUUCAGUGCUAGUGAAUCAAUUCAAUGACUGUGUGUGUAAGAGCCGAAUCGCCGCCAUAACAGCGACGUCCUAG